CAAGAAAUUUUAUGCACAAUGGGACCUCCGAUGAUUAUGUGUCCGAUGUGCUGCAACGAGACGUUUGAUAAUUUGCAGUCACUGAGAGAACAUUUGCUGAGUAUGACUAAUAAUUUAUACUGCCCAGGAUGCUCUCAGAGGUACGACACCAUGGAUGAUCUUAUUCAGCACCUGGAAAAGUGCACUGAUGAUGAUAGUCAUCAAAAAAGCGAUGACAGUAUGUCAAUUCAAACGGACUGUCGCAAUUUAAAAGAAGACAGGAAUGAAAUUCUUAUGGACACCAAUGUUGAAGAAAUAAAUUUUUUAAAUCCAGUUAACAACCAACAGAUGCUGAUAUCUGACGCGCGAACUUUAGAAGUUGAUGAAAAUGGAGACAUAAAAGUUGUGGAGCCAUUGGACGUAGCAAAAAAACAGCUCAAAUUAGAUAAUGUCCAAGAAGCAGACAAAGAUUCUCCUGUGAUAAGUAUUCCCGAGGAUUUAAACACUCAAAAUAAUGAUGAGAAUGUUUUAACGAUGUUGCCCGAGGACUCUGUUGAGUUUCUUGACUCGGAUCAGAGUUUGUUAGAAAUCCAGCAUCAAGAUGGUGAAUUGAAUGAUGAUGAAUUUAUGAAGGUCAAGCAAGAGUUGUGUGAGGUAAAAAUCGAGAAGGAAGAAGAGAUAGACUCAUCAACUAUCUACAACUGCAGCAGCUGUGGAAUAAGCUUUAACUCCGUGAUCGACCACAUAAAAGAAUACCACGAGGGCCAAGACGUGAUCGUGGAGGUGAAUGGUGACGGGACAACAGAAGAAGCGACUGAGAGCCCGCCAAUAAAAGUCGAGGAAAAACCUCAGCGAGUACACCCGCGGCAGAAGAUGAACAUCUUGAGGUCCGAGCCUACAGUCGACUCUGAAGGCCGCGCAUUUGUGCGGAACGUUGUCCAGAUCGAGGACUUCUGGGACAAGAAGGUUAAACCUGUGAACGCUAAGAUGAUUGAAAAGUUUUUCGCGAAUCCCGAAGCCCCGAAGCUUCCGAGGAAAAAUGAAAUUCCCCAGAGGAUGUACAAGUGCAAGCAGUGCCUGGAACAAUUUUCCAAGCUCGCGGAUUUCCGGAACCAUGCUUGCUGCAACGGAUCCAAUCAGUGCGACCACUGUGACCAGGCUUUCGCUACUGUUAAAGCACUCCAGUUGCAUAUGAAAGUCCACGGUGCCUGUCUGUCGCCUACUAAGAAGAACUUUGUCUGCAGGACAUGUGGGACGCAGUUCGCGUCCCAUAAAAGUCUCAGGCUUCACUCCAGGAUGCACGCGCCUGUUAAGGCUAGACCUUCAUAUCGAGCUGCUCACAUGUCCCUUCACGCUGGAGACACUGUAACUUGCGCUGUUUGCAAUCGGAAAUUCGACUCGGCAGAUAGUUUAGCUAUGCAUGCAGCAGUUCACCCUGAGCUGGGCGUCCAGGUGCCAGCGAAUCAGUCAGAAGUUUCCGAGCAACAGUCGCCUCUUGGAGAAGCUGCGACGGAAGACGAUCUUGAUCAAACCAAGCCGUACAAAUGUCAGCACUGCGGAAGGAGAUUCACUAGGCCGCACGAGAAAGUAAAGCAUGAGCGGAUACAUACUGGGGAAAAGCCGCAUGUCUGUGAGGUCUGCGGAAAAAAAUUCCGAGUAUCAUACUGUUUAACUCUGCACAUGCGAACCCACACCGGAGUCCGUCCGUACGAGUGCCAGCACUGUCACAAGCGUUUCAAAGCCUCCUCGGUGUACAAUCACCACCUGCUGACCCACGGCGAGGAGCGGGCGUACACUUGCCCUCACUGCCCCAAGAACUUCAAAACCCGCGUCCAAUUAGCCGGUCACAAAAAUAGUCACACGAAACCUUUCCAUUGCACGGAGUGCACGCGACCUUUCGCUUCUCUUUACGCAGCCAGAGCCCACAUUGCUACGCACAAAAAGGAGAAUAAUCUAAAAUUCACCUGCCACUUGUGCGGAGCUUCUUACGGGCGUGCUUUUGCUCUUAAAGAUCAUCUUAAAACCCACAAGGAAGAGACCGAUGAAGCUUUACCACCUGAGCCAGCUCACGAGGAAGAAAUUAAUCAAGAUUUUUUACUUGAAGAAGAUGAAAUGAUUGAAGAAAUUUUAGAUAGUUAA